AUGCGCACAACACAAUCACCCCUACCCCUUAUCUCCUCAAUCAUGAAUCACUCAACUUACCAUAAUCAGAAACCCAGCCCAACCAAAUCCCAUAAACACACCACCAAAAGACUCACCGAGGAUCAAGUAAGAUUACUUGAGUCUUAUUUUGACUCAAGCAAAAAGCUUGAGCCGGAGCGAAAACAUCAGCUUUCAUGCCAGCUUGGAAUUCCUCCCAGACAGAUAGCCAUCUGCUCCAAUUGGAGACCUCGUUGCUCGAGACAAAACACCUCCAAAAAGAAGUCGAACAUCUGCGAGCAGAGCUCAAUAAGAUGUGGUGAUGAUGUUGGAAGCUCAUCCAAAAGCUUAGAAGAUGAUACGGAAGCUUUCUGUGGUUUCGGGAAACAAGUUUUGGAUGCUGCAGAGAUGUACACUGCAGCACGUAUGAUGGGGAUGGAUAUCUUGCAUUUUUCGGGUUGAAAAAUAAUGUAUUUUAGUAAUAUGUCAUGGUUUACCAGGCAGGUUUUCGACUAUAAUCAUCCUAAUCUUGUGUGCAAAUAUUGUAUUAUAUAUAAAAAAAAAUCCUAUAACAUUCAUGUAUUUAUUUUUUUCCUUGGCCAAAUUUGAUUGUACAUAUAUAUAAUAUAUCACACCAAUUAUGUGAGAUAUUGAAUUACAGUUUAAUUUAUAGUCUAGUAAAGAUAAUCUACGUACA